AUGGGUAUGGAGAAAUAUAACAAUAUGGAUGGCAAGCCAUCAGAAUACCUGUAUCCUCCCGAGAUACUCAAGCGUUUGGAUUUCGACAAAAGCCCGGCGAAGUUUAAGCCUAAGAUCAGCGCGGCGAAUCCCGGGGAGGACUGGAUGGUCGUAAGGCCAUUGCAGCGCUCUGAUUAUGAUAAAGGAUUCCUGCAGCUGCUUGGACAGCUGACCAGUGUGGGCAAUGUCACGCGGAAGCAGUUUGAAGAUCGUUUUACAAAAAUGAAGCAGUCUGGCGGUUACUACGUCACAGUAAUCGAGGACACCCGUAUAUCUAAACUGAUUGGAGCAGCCACACUCACUAUUGAACAGAAGUUCAUACAUAACUGCUCUGUGAGGGGACGACUUGAAGAUGUUGUUGUCAACGACACUUACAGAGGCAAGCAGCUGGGAAAAUUGAUCGUAGUAACAGUAUCGCUGUUAGCUCAGGAGCUUGGUUGCUACAAGAUGUCUUUGGACUGCAAAGACAAACUCAUCAAGUUCUAUGAAACUCUUGGAUACAAGAUGGAACCCGGAAACUCUAACGCUAUGAACAUGCGGUUCGAGGAGCCAUCUUGA